AUGGCUUCAUCCAUUGAACACGAUCUGGUCUCGGCAGUUGAACAUGAAAUCAGUUGUCCUAUCUGCUAUGAAGACUUUGAAGAACCCAAAUGCCUCCCAAACUGUGCUCAUAAUGUAUGUCUACAGUGUUUACAAGGGAUGAAAAAGAAAAGAAACAACGUUCUGGAAUGUCCGGUUUGUCGAGUCGAAUCCGUCAUUCCAAAGGGUGGAGUGGCAGCUUUUCCAAAGAAUCAUUUGUUGGUUCGAUUGAUCGAGCAAUCACCUGGACGAAAAGAAAAACAUUAUCUCAAAGAAGCUCUGAAAAGCUGCGAGGAAGAGCUACAAGGGGCUAAAGAGGCUCUUAAAGAGAUGGAAAAGCGGUAUUUCAAUAGCAAAACAAAAUGUGAUGAGAUGAAGCACCGUGUACAAUCUUUGGUGGAAGGAGUUGUUAAGGCGGCACGAAAACAAGGACAGAAAAUGCUUGAUGAAAUCAAAGCGACGUAUGAUCGUAAUGAAGUAACAUACGAAACUCUGCAAUCUGGAACUGUGAAAUUGUGCGAAAAUGCGUCUGAUCGAAUUAAUAGCGCGCAAGUCACCAUACAACAUGGAGGAUGGGAGAUGGUAAGAGUCAUCAAUACGAUAAAUAACUUAAGCAAGAGCUUGAAUAUAAGCUCGUUAGAGGCAAAUGGUAAAUUUACACAAUCCCUUGAACUUUCAUUGACUAACACUGACUUAGCUGAGGAGUUCAUUUUUGAUGAGUUCUCACUUGGUAAACUGAAUAUAAAAACUGAUCAAGAAACUCCAAUAGCUUUUACUGCGUCAUCCUGGGAAGCAUUCGAGCCAAAACCAGUGGAAACAUCAGAGGCGAAAGAUUAUUCAAGAUGUGGAUCCUUGAUUCAACGCAUAGGGAGUACUUCUCAUUUUGAUGCCUUUUCGGUGGCAGCUUCCAGAGAUUGUGGUGACAUCGUGGUACUAGAUGAACAAGCGAAUGUUGUGCAUAUCUUUACUGAGGCAGGGAAAAAGUUGAAUAAGUUUCAUAUUAAGGAUGGUGAUCUUUGGGAUAUUGUUGUUUCAAAUGGAGAUGAGAUAGUCGUUUUGAAUCGUGACAAAAACCGUCUGUUACAUUAUGAUAUGAAAGGAAAUUUUCACAAAAGGGCUGUGUCUGCUCCCAAGAAAAAAGUCAAGUUUACAUCAUGUACAGUUGACUUUCAUGGCCGUUUCAUAAUCACUUCAUACCCAAACUAUGACGAUGAAAGAGAGGAUGAUGCUCUGCCUUGUGUCCUUGUUUACAGACCAUCUGGAAAACUUACCAUGUCAUUUGGUGAGGAACACCUUGGCUGUCCUGAAAAAGCAGUGUUCUUGAAUCGUAGAUUCUAUGUCAUAGACUCAGGUCGCUGUGGUGGUAGAGUCAUAGUUUUUGACAAAACUGGUUCUUUUAUAAACAUGUUUGAGGACAAACAGCUGAGAUCACCAUCUGCUAUUGCAGCUGAUCAUAGCAGUGGCAUCCUUGCAGUAACUGACACUGACACUUUAACAGUUCACCUUUACAACCAAGCUGGACAGCGACUACAUUGUUUUGAGACAGAGAAUAAACCCGCAGAUAUAGCUUUUACUAAGAAUUUCAAGAGUUUGCUCGUUUGUUUUGAGGUUGAUGAUGGAAAUGGAUAUGUAGAAAUGCUCACCUACUGUUAA